AUGGACACAAGUACUUGUAAUGUACUGCAGUCCAGCGCUCGAGAGGGCCCGUGCGCCCCAGGAGCCGCCUUUGAGGCUGCCAACGCCGCAAAAAUCCUGGCCAACCUUCUGGUGGCUGGAGGCACGGUGCUCUUCCGUGCAGCCUCGCAGGCCUAUCGGCAGGCAAUCAUCAACGGCACCAAGGCGGGGGUGGCGGCGGAGGGCGCCAACGCGGCGCGGGCGGCGGGCAGCAAGCAGCUGACGUUGCAGGAGGCAGAAAUGAUUCUGGGCAUCGAGUCGGGGGCCACGUGGCAGGAGAUCAUGAAGAAGUACGACCAUCUGUUCCAGGCCAACGAGAAGAGCGGCUCCUUCUACCUGCAGUCCAAGGUCUACAGGGCCAAGGAGCGGCUGGAGCAGGAGUUCCAGGAAAAGGGGCUGCCCACAGACUACCCCGAAGGCCAGCAGCAGCAGCAGCAGUCGGGCGGCGGCGGCAGCCAGUGA